GUUUAGUCAGUUGGUUUUCAAAGGCUUCAAGGAAGAAGGCCUCCCGUUUGACCAAUCAGUGUUGUCCAGAGGCAGACCGAGCAUCCUCAUUGGCCGGCGGCCCUCUUGAAUGAAACUCCGCAUACACGAACCAGGCAGCAGAAGGAAAGGCUCGCCAAAGUGAGAAGCGAGCGACCCGCCGCCAAGACACCGCCAGCCGGAGGUGGUUAGGCAACCACCGGUUAUCCUUCUACCAGAGGCAGCUGGCUCUCUAGCGGAGAGUGAAUGCGGUUGAUGCUGCUCUGCUGCACCUGGAAGGACGAACGAAUGGGAGAGGAGGAAGCUGGAGGAAGUUUGCCCGUGUGUACAGCUUGCAAACAGAGGAUCUAUGAUGAGCAGUACCUUCAAGCUCUCAACACUGAUUGGCACACCUUCUGCUUCAGGUGCUGUGAGUGCAGCAGCUCGCUGGCCCACUGGUACUAUGAAAAAGACGGACAGCUCUUCUGCAAAAAGGACUACUGGGCCAAGUUUGGGGAGCUGUGCCACGGCUGCAACGACCUUAUCACCACUGGCCUCAUUAUGGUUGCAGGGGAACAAAAGUAUCAUCCAGAAUGCUUCACCUGUCUGAACUGCAGGACGUUCAUCGGUGAUGGAGACACAUACGCUCUGGUGGAGAGAUCCAAACUCUACUGUGGUCACUGUUACUACCAGACCGUGGUCACCCCCGUGUCAUUGCCUGACUCACCAUGCUCGCACAUCCCUCACACCGUCACGCUGGUGUCCAUCCCUGCCUCCGAAGAGGGUACCGGGCACCGGGGAAGGGGCUUCUCCGUGGCUAUCGAUCAGCCACUCAGCCCGACCGACAAGUGCAGUCCAGAACAUGGCCGCACGGUCCGGGUCUCUCAGGUGGAUGCGGACUGCAUCAGUCCAGAUGUGAAAAAUUCCAUCCAUGUCGGCGACAGGAUACUCGAAAUAAAUGGGACGCCAAUUCACAACGUUCCUCUGGAUGAGAUUGACCUGCUGAUCCAGGAGACGAGUCGCCGCCUCCAGCUCACCAUUGAACACGACCCUCACAGUCGGAGCCAGGAGGGAGGCUCCUCUUCCGAGACUGGGGAGCAAGUGGAUGGCUCCCUGUCCACUCCGCUAUCUGGGGUCUCCAGCCCCAACCUACCCAUCACCCAACCACCCCUCCCUGACAUCAGCAACCUGAAAUCCCGCAUAGUCACGCGGAGCUACAGCAUAGACAAGUCGCCAGGGUCCAGCAAAGCAGGGUCCCCAAUCUCACCGAGGAAGGACAUCAAUCGCUCCGAGUCUCUUCGAGUCGUCUCCAACCGGACGCACCGCAUCUUUCGCCCAUCUGACCUAAUCCACGGAGAAGUGCUCGGGAAGGGAUGCUUCGGACAGGCCAUCAAGGUGACCCACAGGGAGACGGGGGAGGUGAUGGUGAUGAAAGAGCUAAUCCGCUUUGAUGACGAGACACAAAGAACAUUCCUAAAAGAGGUGAAGGUCAUGCGAUGUUUGGAUCAUCCCAACGUGCUCAAGUUCAUCGGGGUGCUCUACAAAGACAAGCGCCUCAACUUCAUAGCAGAGUACAUAAAGGGAGGCACCUUGAGGGACAUCAUCAAAAAAAUGGAUAGCAGCUACCCUUGGAACCGGCGGGUCAGUUUCGCCAAGGACAUAGCUGCUGGGAUGUCAUAUCUUCAUUCCAUGAACAUCAUCCACCGGGAUCUCAACUCUCACAACUGUCUUGUCCGGGAGAACAACACAGUGGUGGUGGCAGAUUUUGGCCUGGCUCGCCUCAUGGUGGACGACAAACACGAGGAGAAGUUUUCACAGGGUAAACUGUCAGGUUUGAAGAGGCCCGAUCGCAGGAAGAGGUACACCGUGGUGGGGAACCCCUACUGGAUGGCUCCUGAAAUGAUCCAUGGAAAGAGUUAUGAUGAGAGAGUGGACAUCUUCUCAUUCGGCAUAAUGCUGUGUGAGAUCAUUGGCAGGGUCAACGCUGAUCCAGACUACCUCCCCAGGGCGGUGGACUUCGGGCUGAACGUGUCGGGCUUCCUGGAGCAUUAUUGUCCCCCAGAUUGUCCUCGCGCUUUCUUCCCCAUCGCUGCUGUGUGCUGCGACCUUGACGCUGACAAACGCCCUCCAUUCUCCAAACUGGAGGAGUGGUUGGAGAACCUGAAGAUGCACUUGGACAUCGGCCUGCCACUUGUGUCUGAAGUGGAUCAGCUCCACAAGACCUUCUGGGAGAACAACAGCGUCACACGGUCUGAGAACGGCCUGCAUGCCCACCCCGAGCAACCGGAAUAAGACCGGAUUACAGAGGAAGGAAUUCUGAAGGAAUCCUUGUGUGGUGUUAUUAUUGGUAACGCACCUCCAUGCCCCAAGCUGAUGCGGUGGAUGCGGCUUGGCUUAGUCCAGGUCUAGUAGACUCUAGUUUGACUCUGCUGUACCUGAUGCUUAAACUAGAGCAUGGCGUAUGCAAUCAGAUCCAUCUUUCAAAAUAAUGUAGAUUUACAUUAGCAGUUGUCUAGCAUAAAUUCAGUUUUCAAGCUCGGGCUGAAACAAAUGUCACAUAAUGCAAAUAGAAAUAGCCAUCUAUACAGCUUACUAGAGAGUGCAUGCUUUGUACAGUACUAUACUUCAGGUCCAAAUCCUGCUUUGUGACGUUUCAGAAUCGAUCCGACUGGAGUGCCUCCUUUGUGAUUGUGUAGCAAGUGAGUCCAUCAUGACACAACUUUUGGCUGAAAUUUCCUGCUUCAUCGUGAUGUGCAAUGUGCACUAAAUUUGUACAAAGCUGGGCAACAUUGUAAAUGUGUGAAAUAUUGUAAAAUGUAAAGACAUAUUUUCUAUACAUAUUGCAGCAUUGCCAUAUUUUUCUAUGGCUGACCUAUUGAGAAUAACGGAGAUUGAAAAGUUUUGACUGCAGUUUGUGAAGGGGUCAGCAUUUGAUAGACAAAUCUUAACAUCUGCAUUUUAUCUCAUUCUGUCGUCUGAUUGGUGGUCCUUUUACAGUUUUCAUAAUUGUAGCGUUUGGAAUAAGAUAGACAUCUCCUUCAAAUUCUAAUAUAAGCGAUAUAUAUAUAUAUAUAUAUAUAUAUAUAUACAGUAUACAUACACACGGUGUAUCUUUUUAUCGUUCUCCUUAAUGGUACCAAAUAUAGUGACUGCCCACCUACUGUAAUGUCACUUUUUGUUUGUUUACAUGUAUACAUUCUAUCUGUAAAUACCACUUUCUUAUGUGCAGUGCGAUAAUAUGUGCAAUGACACGGACGGCUUUGCAAAAUAAUUGCUUCCAUUUUCCACAAAUGUCUCUCCAGUAUAUAUUGCACCUUUCAAAAUCAGUUGGCUGUAUAGAAAACAUAUUUUAUUUUUGGCUUACGUUCUCACAAGUUGCAUGGUACAAUAGCUACAGUACGGUAUGUUUGCCUUCUAAAAAGCCUGAGUAUUGUGAUGUUGUUAAAUAAGACCUUUUUUUAACAAGACAAGGGAAAUGUUGUGAAGAUUUCAAAAGAAAAAGACUGCAUCUGUUUUAUAUAUAUAUAUAUAUGGCAUAUAGAACCACUGAACUCUUUUGUAUAGAUUUUCGUUUGCACUAUUAUUAACCAAAUGGCUGGUUGAAGCCAUAAUUUUAUUUCCUCUCUUGGGCUACUUGUGAUUAAGGAAAUAAUGUGGGUUCAGGUUGAUAUAAUGAUGCAAGACACUGGUCAAGCCUGUUCUGGAAAAUGUCUCCUCUUUUGCAUCAAACUGGACUUAAUUGGUGACAAUUUCUGUUUCUCAGCAACAUCAUACAACUGUGAUGACAAUUACUGUAUUUUAUGCAAGCACGUCCAGUUUCAAUGCUCCCGAGGAUCAACUUUUUCUGGUCUUUGCUUCUCUUGAAGAUGUGAUGUCCUAGCUCUGCUUGCUGCCUUGCUCAAUGGUCCUUUGUCAACCAUGUAGUGUGUAGGUGUCUGGUGGCUUGGCUGCAACCAUCAACCUGGACUAUCUUCGCCUCUUUAUCACUCUUUUGGCUCAGGGCCAUCAUUUCUUGGUGUUCCUUCACCCCCCCACACCCCCAGUUCAGAAUCCACUAGUAACAGUAAUAUGUACAACGCAUGUGAUCACUAUUAUUGCUUGAUAUACAAAAGUAGGCUUCUGUAAAGACAACCACUCCUGGGUGAGGUGUUCUUUGUGUUCUCUUAAUUCCUCUUCGAGCCAUGUGAGCAUGUUGGAUGUCUCCGUGAGGACGUUGUGAUGAUCAAUUAGAAUGUUGCCGCAGCACUUCUUUGCAAAGGAUCAAUACCUCUGAUCAAUGCUGUGCCUUUGUUGUAAGCUAGCCUUGCCAACGACUUGAAUCGUGACCUGAUUUCCUGAUGUUUUGUUUUUAUUUUUAUGUAUCAUAAGUGGAUUUCAGUGGACUGAAUAUCAUCGCUGAUACUGUUUAUGAGUUUUUUCUUCUAUUCCUGUAUCAUAUUUAUAUUUUCCUGAGCUUCACUGUUUUGAUAUUUUAUUAAUAUUAUAGUUUUUCUUUUGUUCUCUUUAUUUAAUUUGUACACAAGCUGUGAAAGCAAUUCUGCACUUUAAUCCUGAACGUGAACAUUCUGACUCUUGAGGAGAUGUUUUAUUUUGUUUUUACUUUUUUGUCACGGCUAAAAAUAAAAUUGUUGCUCCUGAAAGAAACCAGUGUUCAUGUUU